AUGACGAGCUACAGCCAUGACGACGCCGAAAAGCAGUACCAAAACUUCAUCAGCCCGGUCUCGGCACUGAGCCCGCCGUACAGCAACCCCUUUUACCAGCACCAGCAAUCGUCGCCGCCGCUGGACCGCCAUGAGCAGGCCCCCGAGGUGCACUAUGCGGCGCAGUCGCCCGUGACGCACGUCUCCAACCUGGAGCAGGAAUACAAGCGCCAGUACCUGGAGCGGAGAGCGGCGGAGCACCCCAUGGUGCCCAACGACGAUACGGCCAAGGAGGUGAUGCCGUUUGACGAGACGGCCAAGGUGGUCGUCCCUUCGGAGAUGCAGCACGGGCAGUACCCGCAGACGGCGACGAGCACAAACUACUCGGCGCCGUGGGGAGACAACUCGACGACGGUGGACGACGGCCACUCGGAGCACCACAAGCGGCAGCCGUCGACGGCGGCGGGAGCGUCCACGAUAGGGGGCGCGGGGGCGGGAGCCUCGUUGCCGCCGCCUCCGUCUGAAAAGGGCGGCGGCAAGAAGAAGAUUUUGGGAAUGAGCCGCAAGGGGUUCCUCAUCCUGCUAGCCGUGCUCCUCAUCAUUGUCGCGGCCGCAGUGGGCGGCGGCGUGGGAGGUGCGGUCGCAUCGACAAAGUCAAAGUCGGACAGCUCGGCUCCCGCAGCGACGAGCACAACUGCAAGCGCUUCCACAACACCGACAUCCACGUCCGCCACAUCCUCGAGCGCGACGCCGACGCACACGCCCGCGCCCAUCUUCCUCAACAACAUGACGGUGCCGGGCAACGGGCUGGCCUUCCAGGGCUUCGCGCGGGACAACUUCUCCGGGGCGUACACGGACAUCGUGACCAAGGAAAAGGGCACCGACUUUGAGUUCGACAUCCACAGCUACGUGUGGCGGCCGCGGCUGACGUCGUGCUGCCUGUCGUUUUGCAACAACGCGACGAACGAGGGCUACGUGGGGUACUGGUGCAACGAGCGCAACCAGACGUCGGCGUCGUCGUCGUUUUCGCGCAUCUUUGUGUGGUGCGGCAACGACCACUCCGAGAAGAAUGCAAACCGUAACCGACGCAAAAAGUGCGACGAGGAGCGGCCCUCGUGCCAGGCCUGCGUUGACCGCAGGAUCCCCUGCGUGUACAGCACGCCCAAGUCGCAGCGCCGCGGCAGCUCGGCCUCUGCCUACGUCCCGCUGCGACAGGCUCCCGUGAGCGCGGUGGGCAGCAUCGCCAACACGAACCCGCGCGGCGUGCCCGCGAGCCUGGCGCUCAGCACCGACGGCGGCUUCGUCGCGCACUUCCACUCCAUCGUCGCGGGGCUCAUCUCGUUUGCGCCGUGCGGCGCGCAGAACCCCUUCUUCGCGCACGUCCUGCCGCUCGUGUCGGCGUCGACGCUCGUGCGCACCGCCGUCGAGGCCGUUGCCGCCGCGCACCUGCACGGCCUGGGCGCCGAGCCGCAGCUGCGCGCGCAGACGCUCCAGCUCGACACGCUGCGCCAGCUAGGGGACUGCGUGCGCGCCGGCGGCGGGGAGCUCGGAGGGGACGCGCGCGAGCAGCUCGUCACGGCGAGCCUGCUGCUCAUCUACUACGAGGUCGUCUUGGGCAGCUCGGUCCGCGCCGCGCGCUGCCAUCUCCGCGGAGCCAAGGCCAUCCUCGACACGGACCCGUCCCUGGCCCAGGGCAGCGACGGACAACAGCCGCAGCCGAGUGCGCGCAUGCGCUUCCUAUGCAAGGUCUUUCUCUACUUUGACGUCAUGAUUGCGCUGUCGCUGCGCGAGGCGCCGCUCGGCCUGCGCCUGCGCUCACCCAUCGACGCGGCCGGCGUCGACGAGACGUUUGGCCUGACGGGCAGCCUCUGGCCGAUGAUGCAGCGCCUGGCGGAGCUGCUUGCGCGACACCAUCAAGGCGAGUGCGUCUCGUGCGAGGCCGAGAUGCUGGAGCGCGAGCUGCGGUCGUGGUCCAUCGAGCGCGCCGCCCCUGACGAGUCGUCGUUGUCCUCAUCCUCAUCCUCAUCAUCAUCAUCGCCGCCGCCUCCUCCCCCGCCACCACAUCCGACGACAACCGAUGUCGACGCCGAAGCCAUGGUGCAGAUCGCCCAGACGUACAAGUACAGCAGUCUGCUGACGCUCUACUCGUCAACGCUCCUCGACGGCGCCAGCGGCGACACGGAGGCCUCACCCCCGCGCCGCGCAGAGGAGGCGGCGCUCCUGCAGGAGACGUACCGGCGCGCGUUCGACAGCCUGCUGCGCGUGUGCGUGCUCUCGGGGACCAUGUCGACGCUGACGUGGCCGCUGUACACGGUCGCGCUGCAGGCGCGCUCGGCGUCGGACCGGACGCUCGUCGAGCAGGUGUUUGUGCGGCUGCAGCAGCGGCAGAACAUGAGGGUCGUCGAGGACGCGAGGCGCAGCGCCGCGACGCACUGGGGGCGUGGGCGGCUCGUUGACUCGGCGGCUAUACAAGAGGCGAGUGGCGAUGCGGCGAUUCUUCUUGGUUAA